AUGUUAACAGCUCCCAUGACUCCUCACCAGUGGACGAUGAAGCAGGCUUCAAAGAACAUCGUACUGAUGGGGCAGUCGAAUGACCUGAAGCGUCAGCAACGGAGCAGUUGCAGCCCCGCCAUCAUCCUGUCAAACAUCUCGUCGGCCAUUGCAACUUCUCCGUGUUUACCAUCGCUUGGCAACAUCAGUCCAGCCAACACGACGACAACCGCUCGGUUCCCAGUCAUGCGGACAAACAACCUCAUGAACCCGUUGAAGCUGGAGUAUUGCAGCUUCCAGGGCUGUGCCAACUUCAGCAAAAUGCAGGGAUACUGCCACGACCAUAUCCACGGCCAACCAGCCCCUCAUUCAAGUCAGACCGCUUUCGUGCCAACCGGCACGAAUCCACCGCUUCCGGGUCUUGGGCUCCCGUCCACGGUCACCCCGCUACCGUAUUUGCCGGCAUUGCAAACGGUCGUGCCCACCCAGACGCAAGCAACAGGAGUCCGUCCGUCCCUCUGCCUUUCAGGAUACCCGAGCUACAACGACCCCAUGUACACUACUACCCCAGCUUUGCAUAUCAACAAGCGGUCUUCGAUCUUUAACGAUCGCACGAACUUCCUCUCGGGCCCGUUGACCAAGAGACCUCGGGUUGGUGUUGCAAGCCCCACACUGUCUACUGGCAGCAUUGGCAGCUACAGAUCGAUCACCAGAUGCCGUCGCGAUGGGUGCAACAAAGACGCGAGGCGCAAAGGGCUUUGUAUGGAACAUGGUGGGCGUCACUUUUGCAAAAUGACUGGAUGCCAGAAGUGUGCACACCGCGGUGGGUUCUGCAUCUCCCACGGUGGAGGUCGUCGAUGUGCUGUGGCCAAUUGCUCGAAGAGUGCCCAAUCUGGAGGUAUCUGCUACUCGCACGGAGGUGGGAAGCGGUGUGGGACGGGAGGCUGCACUCAUGCGGCUCGAAGUGGUGGCUUCUGCAUUAAACACGGCAAGCAACAGCAGCAGCAGCAGCUGAAGCGACGGUGGUGA